AUGAACAUUAUUUUUAAACUAAUUAAGUACCUAUUGGCUUGUAUAACAAUGUUUUUUGAACAAAAUAGAAAAAGAUAAAAGUCUUUAAAAAUAAUUGAUAAAGAAGAAAAUUAUGAGAAAUGGUUAGAAUUAGUAAAGGAACACGACUAAUAAGAUUACAUAUAAUAAUGGUUAUAAAAAGAGGAAUCCAAUCUAUAUCAAUAUAAAUAUAUAAAGAGUUUGAGCCAAAAGUUGAGAAUGGCAAAAUAGGAUAAGAAUAUCCCUCUAAUUUGUCAAUUGCUUAGAUAAAAUGCAAAUAGAAACAUAGGAAAUAUCCUUAAUCCAAAAUUAUAUUCUCAUGCAUUCAUGAAAACAAAGAACUUAAUAGAGGAAUUUUAAGAAGUAAAUUAUUCUUAAAUUAUUCUUAGGAAUAUGAGAACUGUUUAGAAUUUUUAUAUAACUCUGAAUUUCCAAACAAAAUUCAAUUUUUUUAAGAAUUACAAAAGGCAAUAGGAUAAACGGCAUUAUUAUUUUCAGGUGGUGCAAUUAUGGGAUUGUAUAGUUGUGGAAUAGCUAAUAUUUUAGAUAAAUUGCAUUUAUUACCUAAAGUUAUGACUGGUAGUUCAGCAGGAGCUAUAUUAGUUAGUUUAGUUGGAACAGCUACAGAUAUUCAAACUAUAUUUUAACCAAAAUAUUAUGAUUAUUCAAUGUUCGAAUAAAAAACCUAAUUUGAUAUUCUAGAUAAAAUAAGUAGAUUAUUAACUAAAGGAUAUAUGUUAGAGAAGGAAUAAAUGCAAUAAUUUUUAUAGAAGGCUUAUGGAGAUGUCACAUUUUUGGAAGCAUAUAAGAAGACAGGAAAAAUAAUGAACAUUAUGGUUACUGGAAAGGAUUGUUCAUCAUCUGAUUGUUUGCUUAAUUAUAUUACUUCUCCUAAUGUAAUAGUGUGGUCAGCAGUUUGCUGUUCUUGUUCUUUACCUGGAGUGUAUGGAGCUUCUCAUUUAUAUUACAAAAAUGAAUAAGGGGAAAUCUAUGAAGGAGAAAUAAAAUAUGUUGAUGGAUCAAUAAGUGCUGAUUUACCUAUGUAAUAAUUAGCAGAAUAAUUUAACAUCAAUUAUACUAUAGUAUCACAAACUAAUCCUUGGGUAUUUCCCUUUCUUACUUCUCAUAGAAGUGACCAUACUAUCAUUAAAAAGAUUACUGAUAAAUUAUUACAAUUUAUAUUAGGAGAAAUUAAAUACAGAAUUCAAUAAAUUAUUAGUAUAGGAUUUCUGCCAAAAAUGUUAUGUAGAAUGUCUAAUUUAUUGAUACAAAAGUAUGAAGGAAAUAUAACUAUAUGGCCUAAAUUUUUAUGGUUGGAUUAUUCUAAACUUUUAGAUAAUCCUGAUGAAUUUACAGUAUAGAGAAUGAAAGUAGAAGGGCAAAGAAGAACAUAUGAAAGUACUUUUUUAUUUUAUUUUAGAAUUACACUUUAUAUAUGCUGCUACACGAUUAGAAAGAUGCUUAUCAAAAUACUUAAAUUGA